CAGAGCACGCCUGACUUGCAGACAGCACACUGAAGUCGCACAAACUUCUAAACAAACUUAAACUUAAAGAUUUGAGGUUUACCUCUUGGUCUUGUAUUCUCACUUGGUCCAGGUCCAGGUCCAGAUCCAGAUCUGAGUAAUUUCCCUGUAACUGUUUGAUGAGGAGGAACAGAAACGCAAGUGACUACAAGAACUUCAGCAGACACGUGUUGUUUUAGUCUGAGCAGAGUGAAGAUAUAAGCGUAGUAGAGAAACAAGCUGCUUUUUAAAGCAGUUCCGAGCUUUUGACUUUUAUUUUCUAGUUUCUAGUUCCAAAGUUGUCCAAGAUCUUUUAUUUUUGAGGUUUCUCUUCACUUUGAUGAUGAAGUGCAAGAUCUGUCUUAUCUAUGCAUCCAUAGUACUCGGGGCACUUAUGAUCAUAGCAAGCAUUGGCAUCAUGUUAGGUGGAAAUUUGCAUUCACGAAUAGAACAGAAGCUGAAAGGGGAGAUAACUCUGACUGAGGGCAGUAAAGUGUUUGCGACAUGGAAGGAUCCACCACCUCCUGUGUUCAUGGAGUUUUUCUUCUUUAAUGUCACAAACCCAGAUGGAUUCUUGGCUGGAGAGAAACCAAUCCUUACACAAAUGGGACCAUAUGCUUACAGGGAGUACAGACCCAAGGAGAAUGUCACCUUUGUGGAAAAUGGAUCCAAAGUUUCUGCUCUGACCCGAAAAACCUUUGUGUUCGUCCCUGAAAUGUCAGCUGGUGACCCGGCAGUGGAUCUCGUAACUACUGUUAACAUCCCAGCCAUGGCUGUUAUGAAUAAACUAAAGGAUGUUAGUUUUUGGGUCAGAUCCCCCAUUGCCAUGUUCAUGACGUCAAUUAAAACUGGAGUUUUCAUGACGCAAACCGUGCAUGAUUUGCUGUGGGGCUAUAAGGAUCCCCUGCUCUCUCGUAUGAGUGCCAUCAAACCCGAGGUGGAUGAGAACUUUGGCCUUAUGCUAUACAAAAACGGAAGUGACGAUGGCGAGUUUGUUUACUACACCGGAGAAGAUAACUAUUUGGAUUACGGCCGCAUUCACACCUGGAAGGGUGAAAAGUUGCUGUCUUUGUGGGCCACCAACCAGAGCAACAUGAUUAAUGGUUCAGAUGGUAGUGCUUUCCACCCAUUCCUGACUAAAGAGGAGCGUUUGGAUGUAUUCACUGCAGAUCUGUGCAGGUCAAUUCACAUGUUGUUUGAGAAAGAGGUAGAAGUGAAGGGCAUUCCAGCAUAUCGAUACACUCCUCCUCGGGCUGUGUUAGCUAGCGGAAAGAACAAUCCGGAAAAUGAAGGUUUCUGUCUUGAGAAAGGAAAAUGCCUGGAUGAUGGAGUCUUAAAUGUGGCAGUGUGUCGCAAAGGUGCUCCAGUCGUCGUCUCUUUCCCUCAUUUCUACUUGGCUGAUAAUAAAUAUGUCAAUGCCAUUGAGGGAAUUUCACCAGUGCAUGAACAUCAUCAGACGUUCCUCGAUCUGAACCCUACAACAGGUGUGCCAGUUCGUGCUGCUAAAGAGCCCAGAUCAACAUUAAACUUGAUCGAAUUCCCGGUUCCGUAAGUACACCAUUUAUUGGAUAAUUUUUAUGAUGCUGUGUUA